ACCGCAUCUACCUGUAUUGACACGACGAGUCAGCACAACCGACUCCAACUCAGUCGCUAACAGGCCUCCUCCUCCCCCUCCUCGGACACGAGGAAGAUGGCCUCGUGGGUUUAUCCCCGGAUUUCCUCUAAACUGCCCCCGUUUCCCCGCACUCAGCGCGACCAACCCCCACAACCCCCAACAAAAACCCACAGCUUUGCUGUUCCACUUCCCCAUAUUCAGCUUGUCGGUGGAUCUUGGAAGGGGGCCCUGCGUGGCGAGUCGUCUCCUCCUUGGUUCUUCCCCAGGCCAUGAAUGGCCAUGUCCGGGAUCAGUUAUUCCCCCACGCACUAUUCCGCUACCUAGUAGUACACGUAGUCGUGCCACUGGCCUCUUGGGAGUCUUGGUGCCAACGAGGCUGAUGUCUCGGCAGCAGGGACUUCGUACCGAGGCACGUACCUUGGCUCUACCUGCGAGCCGCUGAGGUCCCAGCCAAUGUGGGUGGUCGGUCACUUGCCACAAAUGGCACGCUGCAGGCAUUCCGCCGGUACCUUAGAUUGGAGAUCUUUGCUUGUCCCGUCCCCCACGUUGUUUUCGAGAGGCCCCGAGGGGUAGAUAAGGUAGGGGGCCCCAGCUCGCCCUCUUGCUCCCGUGUCUGUGUUUCCCUCCUUGUCAUCCUUCCCCCCAUCACCCAGUCUCUUUCCCCAACCUUGCCCGCAGUGUACAAGAUGGCCUCCGCCGACCCCAAGUCUGGCGACAAUCUCGGACAGGGAGAUAACAUUGCAUCUGUCCGCCACGAUGAGGGCCUCGCUCGGCAGGACACGGCCCCGGAGGAGGGUGUCUUUCAAAAGGGGCCCAUGAUUGACAAGCUGGACGAGUUCGGCGCCCAUGCAAAGACGGACCCGAGGGAGAUUGCGCUGGUGCGGAAGCUCGAUACACACAUUUUGCCCAUCCUGUGGCUCAUGUACCUGUUCAACUAUCUCGACAGGAACGCCCUGGUCAAUGCCAGGCUCAACAAGCUCGAGGCCGAGCUCGGCCUUGUCGGAACGCAGUACAACACCUGCGUUUCUAUCCUCUUUGUCGGCUACAUCGCCGGACAAAUCCCCUCCAACAUGAUCCUCACCCGCGUCAGGCCGUCACUGUACAUGGCAGGAUUCUGUCUGGCCUGGUCCAUCAUCAGCCUCCUGACAUACCUUGCCCACGACUACACCACUAUGGUCGUUUUCCGGUUCCUGCUCGGCGUCACAGAAGCCCCGUUCUACCCAGGCGCCCUGUACCUGAUCAGCAUGUUUUACACUCGCAAGGAGGUCGCCACCCGGAUGUCGUGGUUCUUCACUGCCAACAUGCUGGCCAGCGCCUUCUCCCCUCUCAUUGCCGCCGGUGUGUUCUCCGGGCUCGACGGCGCCAGGGGCCUCGCCGGCUGGAAGUGGCUGUUCAUCAUCCAGGGCGCCCUUUCCAUCCUCACGGCCAUUGCUGCCUUUUACAUGCUGCCCGACCACCCGCUCCAAACCAAAUGGCUCAAGCCCGACGAGCGCCAGCUGGCCCACAGCCGCAUCGUCAUGGACACGACCGACAUCACCGAGGACACCAGUGUCUGGGUCGGGCUCAAACAGGCCGUCGCCGACUGGCGCACCUGGGUCCUGGUGCUCAUGUACAACUUCCACCUCUCGUCCAUCAGCUUCCAGAAUUUCCUCCCGACCGUCAUCGAGACGUUGAACCACGGCCCGAUCCUCAGCCUGGUCCUGACCUUCCCCCCUUAUUUCUUCGCCGCCAUCAUGGGCGUCGUUAUGGCGCACAGCUCGGGCCACUUCAACGAGCGGACGUGGCACAUCACCGUGUGCAAGUCCAUCGUUAUCGUGGGCUUCAUCAUCCCGGCCGCGACCGACAAUAAUGCCGCGCGCCUGUUCGCCAUCUUCCUCUUUGUCGGCUUCACCUUUGGCAUCAACAACAUCAUCCUCGGCUGGGUCUCGGCGACGCUGGGGCAGACCAGCGAGAAGAAGUCGGUCUCGCUCGCCAUCGCCAACUCGCUCGGCAACAUGUCGUCCAUCUACAUGCCCUACAUCUGGGACAAGCGCUUCGCCCCGCGCUACCUGCCGCCCUGGUUCGCCAGCAUCGCCUUCUCGGCCGGCUGCAUGGGGCUGGCCUGGGUGCUCAAGAUCUCCCUGAAGCGGCACAACAAGAAGACGAAGGAGGCUAACCCGAACGAGACUAACUUUUAUGUGUAUUAGAGUUCGAGAUGCUUGCCUAAGGGCAUGCGUGUAUGGGGCCUUAUGUGGUGGAGAUGGAAGAUUCUGGGAGCCCCCUUGCCUAAAACCUGCUUAUAGGAUCAAUACAGUUUCAGUGUCCGGCACUGUAGGUAAAGUG